AUGGCUACACUAACAGCUACUAGUACGCAACCGAGUCAUGGAACGCUCUCUGCCGAGGGUGAGUUCUCCUCGCAAGAAGAGACGGCGGCAAAGCAAGAGUUUAUGCAUGCACCGACAUUCAAAGACAAGAACGAAGAACGAAAGUACCUGAAGAACCGUCUCGCUGCAGCAUUUCGCAUCUUUGGGAAAUACGGCUUCGACGAGGGUGUCGCGGGCCACAUCACCUGCCGUGACCCAGUUGAACAGAAUACUUUCUGGCAUCGGAUCUUAUCCAGGUCGACCAUGACGGCAACAAUCAUUGGCGGCGGAGAACAUAAACUGUUGAACGUAGCAGCGUUCAUGAUCCAUUCUGCCAUCCACGCCGCUCGACCGAUGUUAUCUGCGCAGCGCAUAGUCACAACACCUACGGUCGCUCUUUCUGUGCACUUGGAAAGCCAAUCGACUGCAUCACUCAGGACAUUUUUUAACGGAGUGGUAUUGGCAAAAGAAGAGGGAGAAGUCAUUGCUCAAGCUCUUGGAAACAAGAAAGCCGCACUCUUGCAGAACCACGGGCUCUUAACCGUCGGAAAGACCAUCGAGGAGGCUACCUACUGGUUUCUGAGCUUGGAAAAGUGUUGCCAGGUCCAAUUGCUGGCAGAUGCUGCGGCGGCAGUGCAUGGCGCGGCCACACUUAAGAUGAACAAGGCGGAUGCCGCAUUCAGGCAUCGAACUGUCGGGUCUGCUAAGGCCGGCUGGCUCAGCGCAAAGCCACCCUUUGACAAAGUGCAUUACGACACUGGGGCUGACUACUGCUGCAAUUGA